UGUCUUGUACGUCGGAAUAUCGCGAGAUUUGACCAGCUGUUUAGACUGUUUUUUCAGACUGAUGCUAGUCGGUCAACACGUGGGGAGGAGAGGUUGACUUUCAACAGGGACACGUUUGAAAAUCUCACAUUAUCAGUAUCGCUCUCAUCGUGGCGGCACUGAGGAACCUUAAAUACUGUGUAGCUGCUAGUGUCCUGAGGAAAUGCCGCUGAGGUUUCGAUCUGUCGUACCCUACACACUGCCCGGAGUACUCGCACUAAUCGGCUGGUGGUGGUACAUCUCACGAAAGAAAGAGCGGAUCAUCAGUCAUGACAGCCCAGAGGCAACUUCAACUGCUGUGGGCCUUAAAACAUCUCCAUCAGAGGGUAGCAAUGGUCUGGUAGAAAAAGGCACUGUAUCCCCCACAAAUGACACAGAAUGCCCCACCCACAGACCUCCAAAGGUCACUAACCAGAGAACAGAACAUGAAAAUAUUUCCCUCAUCCAGGCCCAGGACAGUGAAGUAGCACCUUCACCGGAACAGAGUUCUGAAGAAGCUGCCCCUCACCUUAGUAGAAUAAGAGGAGAGGAAGUCCAUAAACCCUCAGUCUUGACUCUACCAUCACCUAGCAAAGAAGACAGCCUACAGGUGUCAUUGAAAGACCAUAAAGACCCAGAGAAAAUCUCAUCACUUACUUUGGUAAAAGAGCUGGAGAAAGACCAGAUCAAAGAUCUAGCCUCUGCUCCCAAAGCCUCAGUAGAAGAGAUCAUCUUGCCCUGCCAGUCUGACAAACUCACCAGGUCCUCCCCCACAACAGCCUACCUUUCCGAUGCAGAGAGGCCUGAGCCGGAGGGAGAAGUUGCAAAGCAUUACAGUACUAUUAAUACACAAGAUGAGAUGAUUGUUUAUGCAGUCACCCCAGCCAAAGUGCAGUGUGUGAUCCCAUCAGAGGCUGACUCUCUAGAGACACCCUGUUCAGCGCAGGAUUUCCACCAAAACAUUCUAACAAGCACACCUACCACCCCGGACACGACCUCAACAGUCUUGACCACGGUCCAAGACUCCAUCACCACAUCAGUGACCCCAAAGGAUAUCCAGAUACAUAGUAGCAGUGGAGAGGAGCAGGAUCUGGAGCUUCUGGCAGCUGGACUCAUAUGUAAGGUCAUCUCGGCGGCCACCCAGGAGGUCCUUGGUGUCACCAGGUGCCAGAUCACAGACAACAGCCAGCCCAGCUGCAGCAGCAGCACUCCACUUGCUAGCAGCAGACUAUGCUCCCAACAGGAGCCAAUCACAACGGCACAGCAGCACCGUCAUCUACUGACAAGCUCCUCUCAGAUCAGCUGUGAGUCUAGAGAGGCAACAGAGAAAGAACAGCAAGGAAUGCCUAAUGGGUGCUCCUCAGUUCCUGUGUGGGAGCCUGUUGAGGUCAGUCACAGGGUUCAUCAGACAAACAAUGCACAGAGAGGCCAAUGGCCAACACCAUCGCAAGAAGCAGCGCAAAGUAUCCCUCUGCUAAACAUGAAACUGAAAGGUGAUGAAGUAGCUGUGCUCGCCGAGGACUCAGCCUGCAGCACAUGCCACUCUGAGGAUGGCGUCAGCAGCGAGGACCUCCAGAACAGCAUUUUUGACAACCAAAUGGAUGUGAUCCAAAUUACAGACUUGUCAGCAAGAGAAGCCACAAAGCCUCAGUCACUGGUUGAGACUGCUACAGAGGCAACGGUUUUGGCCGUUACUGAAGAAAACUCAUUGGAUGCUGUAUGUGAGAUAAAGAGGCUCAAUGGAAUGGGCCUGAGGAAUGGAGCUCAUGGGCCAUGUGAGUUGGAGACGGACCAGUCUGGAGGCUCUGAUGUUAAUAGUAUGGACUCAGUCGACAGCGGCUGCACUAUGGGUGCUGGGGAAACCCAGAGCAACCACGCUGCGUCCUUGAGUGCCGAGCUCAUCAUCUGGGAGAUUGAGGUGCCAAAGCACCUUGUAGGACGGUUAAUCGGGAAGCAGGGGAGAUUUGUGAGUUUCGUCAAGCAGAAUUCUGGCGCAAAGAUCUACAUUUCCACCCUGCCUUAUACACAAGAGUUCCAGAUCUGUCAUAUAGAGGGUACGCAGCAGCAGGUUGACAAAGCCCUGUCAUUGAUUGGGAAGAAGUUUAAAGAUCUGGACUUGACAAACCUAUAUGCCCCUCCUCCUCCCCCACUUACACUGCCAUCACUUCCCAUGACCUCCUGGCUUCUGCUCCCCAGUGGAGUGACAGUUGAAGUAAUAGUGGUGAACAUCGUGUCAGCCGGUCACAUCUUUGUCCAGCAGCACACCCAUCCCACCUACCACGCUCUGCGAAGCCUGGACCAGCAGAUGUUCCUCUGCUAUUCCCAGCCGGGCACCCCUGCCCUGCCUUCACCUGCUGAAGUUGGCGUGAUCUGUGCAGCUCCAGCAGUGGAAGGAGCCUGGUGGAGAGCUCAGGUCAUCACCUUCUAUAAAGAAACAAAUGAAGUGGAGAUUAGAUAUGUUGAUUAUGGAGGCUAUGACAGAGUAAAGAUUGACUCACUACGGCAAAUAAGGUCGGAUUUUGUAACACUACCAUUUCAAGGUGCAGAAGUAUUGCUUGACAACAUUGCCCCACUUCCAGGUGAGGAUCGCUUUUCACCAGAGGCAACAUCAGCAUUGGAGGAGAUGACCAGAGGAGUGGCAUUGCUUGCACAGGUGUCAAACUACGAUAACAACACAGGCCUCCCAUUGGUCCACCUGUGGAACAUGGUCGGAGAUGAGGUGAUUUCAGUGAAUCGCACUCUGGCGGAGAGAGGCCUGGGAGCCUGGGUGGAUGGAUUCGACCUCUGACCUCUACACCUCCACCCACCCACUUAUUCUCUUGUGGUCAGCAGUCUGGGAUCCAGGCCAACCUGUGGUCCCGGCCCCACCAGCCCCACCACUGGAUCUAAGAUGAUUGUUUUUCCUUUUUUUUUUUUUUUUGUUGAUCUUGUUUUUUUGUUGUUGUUGUCCUCGUUCCCUCCUCACUCCUUUUGAAAAGAAAUUAAAAAUUGUUUGCAGGCAUAACCUACAUGAACACAGCACUGCUUCAAAAUAAGACAACCUUCCCCUCUAAACUUGUACGCAAAAAGAACUUAAAGGAGGACAGGAAGAGGUACUUGUAAAAAAUUUUUAAAGAAAAUCUAUAUUGUAACUAAAUAAAGGUGCAACCAAUA